AUGACCAAUUUGAAAGGAGUAUCACAAGAUGAUACAUUUAGUAAACCACCUCUAGGAGCUAGAGCGAGGAUACUAAUGCUUCACGGGCAUGGGCAGUCUGGUGAAUUUUUCCGCUACAAAACUCGCUUUCUCAGCAAGCCAAUCGAGGAAACAUUAUCACAAAUUCCAUUUGACGAGUUAACGGGACUUGCUCCUGCGGGUGUCGAGCUCGUUUAUCUCAAUGGUCCCCUCGCAGCAGACUGUAAUCCUGACGGACACAGACGACAGUGGGGUUGUGGUGACUUCGAUAAUGGAGAAAUCAGGGGCCUAGACCGAUCAAUCCAGCUAGUGCUGGAAGAAAUAGAGAAGAACGGUCCGUUUAUUGGUGUUAUUGGGUUCUCCACUGGUGCCGCUCUCGCCGUAAUAAUAGCUUCUCUUCUGGAAGAACCUCGGUGCCGUCAGGGAACACAGCUGUCAAAUGUGCAGGGACCAUUCAAAUUUGUUGUUGGGUUUAGCGGGUUCAUGUUGGGACAUCCCUCCUAUCAAUUCCUAUACGAUCCUCCACUACAAACGCCUAUAUUACAUUUUAUCGGACAGCUCGAUACCAUGGUUCCUGAAUGCUCAACAUUCAAAUUGGUAGAAAGAUGUGUGAAUCCCUCCAUCAAGCGCUUUUAUGGCACACAUCAUAUCCCUCGCGGCUCGGGCGAUAUACAAAGCAUCAUUGAAUUCAUCUCUAGGGUGUUAAAAGGGCCUAGGCAUUCGGGGCCAAAUGCCUUACGGUGA